UAAGAAAAAAGGUGUGAAGUGAUUUGAGAAAAUUUUUUGAACAAAAAAACUGAACGAGGACGAGGACAGGCUAGCGAGAAUCUGUAGUCUCAGAGACGAAACGAUGAUACUUGCGGUUCUGUUUGCGAACGUUGACGGCAAUAUCCUCAUCGAACGUUUUCAUGGAGUUCCUGCAGAGGAGCGUCUACACUGGCGUUCUUUCUUGGUUAAACUGGGAGCUGAUAAUCUUAAGGGUGUGAAAAAUGAAGAGCUCCUAGUUGCUUGCCACAAGUCAGUUUAUAUUGUAUACACAGUGCUUGGAGAUGUCAGCAUAUACGUUGUGGGGAAGGAAGAGUAUGACGAACUUGCCUUAUCAGAAGUGAUCUUUGUGAUAACCUCAGCUGUGAAGGAUGUUUGUGGGAAGCCACCAAGUGAACGCCUUUUCCUGGAUAAAUAUGGAAGAAUUUGUUUGUGUUUGGAUGAAAUUGUAUGGAAGGGAUAUUUGGAAAAUACAGAAAAGGAUAGAAUCAAAAGAUUGAUUAGGUUAAAGCCUCCAACUGAGUUCUGAAUGAGAAGUUCAGAGCGAAUCAUUAUACAAUCAGCAGUCUGAGUCAUGUCUUUAGCUUCUUGUAAUUGGGAAUGGCAACGCACUGAAGUAUGUCCAGGAUAUAUGAGAUUUGCAACAUCUGUCAGUCAGACCUCUAUGUAUGAGCUUUCUUCCUUAGUUAGUGUUGGUGAGGAUUUUGCGGGGCCAAUAUUUGUAUUAACCUUCUUAAUUUUAAACAUUCUUUUUUAUUUUGUACCAUGUAUGUUUUUUAUUUU